UUCCGUUACAUCCAUUAUUAUUUUUUUGGUUAGUGUCUGCGGCGUGUAAUCUGUCUGUCGCUCAUAAUGUCUUAUAAAUUAAACGCCCUUCAUAGCGACUCAUACAUUGAUGUAAGUCAGUACAGGGACCAGCAUUUCAAGGGUAAUCGGCAUGAGCAGGAAAAGCUACUAAAACAAAGCUGUACACUUUAUGUUGGGAACCUUUCUUUCUACACAACAGAGGAGCAGGUCUAUGAACUCUUCGCCAAAAGUGGCGACGUGAAGAGAAUAGUCAUUGGCCUCGACAAGGUCAAGAAGACUGCAUGCGGAUUUUGUUUUGUGGAGUACUACACAAGAGCUGACGCCGAGCACGCAAUGAGGUUUAUAAAUGGAACCAGACUGGACGAUCGAAUCAUUAGAACAGAUUGGGACGCUGGUUUUAAAGAGGGGCGUCAGUAUGGUCGGGGCAAAUCAGGCGGUCAGGUGCGAGAUGAAUAUAGACAGGAUUACGACCCUGCAAGAGGUGGAUAUGGAAAACUAGCUCAGCUACAAAGGGGCCCAGAUGGACAAAAAUUUUAGUCAUUCCUAAUUAGCAGGGACAUUUGAAAAGGAAGCUAUGGAUUGGUUUUUUUUUUUUUUUUUGGGCAAUGUACAUAUGAACUACAGCAUAAGUCAAAGGUUGUCAAUAUGAUUUGGUGAAACAGAUUAAUGUGGCUUAUUGAACUUUUUUUUUUUGUAAUAAAACAAGGUAUUUUA